AUGGCCUCACUACAACAGCUUUUGGGUGGUCCUCUGAUGUCCCGCAGUAUCGCGGCGACAGCUGCAGCUCUUCGGAACCUCUCGACGUCAUCAGCGCGCAAUGCCUCAUCCGCAUCGAAAAUCUCUCCGGCAGAGAUGUCGAGAUUGCUUGAGCAGCGCAUUGGUGGAUGGUCAGCCCAGCAAGCUACAGGAGAGGCUGGACGUGUUCUGAGUGUGGGAGAUGGUAUCGCUCGUAUUUAUGGACUUAGAAAUUGCAAGGCUGGAGAAAUGGUUCAAUUUAGUAGCGGAGUGAAAGGCAUGGCGUUAAAUUUGGAAACAGACAAUGUUGGCGUUGUCAUUUUCGGUGAUGACAGAAAUAUUCUUGAAGGAGAUACGGUGAUGCGAACGGAUACCAUUGUGGAUGUCCCUAUUGGUCCGGGACUUUUGGGAC